AUGCCGCGAAAGCGUAAGUCUAAUCUUUCCCAAAGCUCUAAUAAAGCUCGAACUAUGAAAGUAGCUAGACUUAACGAGACGUUUCCACAAGCCGAACUGCGAAGGCUUAAACAAGCAGAGCGUGAGGCAGCUCAAAGAGCUGCUGAGACACCAGAGCAGUCCCAAGAUAGACGUCGACAGCAUGCUGAGUAUCUAGCAUCUCAACGGGCUGCAGAGACACCCGAACAGUCUCAAGCUCGACGUCAACAGAACGCUGAAUAUCUGGCAUCUCAACGGGCUUCUGAGACACCCGAACAGUCCCAGGAUCGACGUCGACAGCAUGCUGAGUAUCUAGCUUCUCAACGGGCUGCGGAGACACCCGAAGUCCACGCGAACGAAGUCGCGGGCAAAAGCUAG